GCCAAUCUUUCGUUCAAUCUGCUGACGAAGAGGGAGAAGGGACAGUCCGAAAGAAAGGAGACUUCCUUUUGUGUUUUGUGUCCAUGGGGGCUUGCUGGAGCUCUCGAAUCAAGGCAGAGAGUCCAUCUCACACAGGGGUGAACUCAAAGAGUGUUAGCAAAGAUGGAACUUAUCUAAGUGGUGCAAAUAGCAAGGGUUCGUCUGGUUCCGUGCCUCCAACCCCUCGGAGUGAGGGUGAGAUUUUGGAAUCCUCCAAUGUAAAGAGCUUUAGCUUUAGCGAACUCAAAAUGUCCACCAGAAACUUCCGACCUGAUAGCGUCUUGGGAGAAGGGGGCUUUGGUUCUGUCUUUAAGGGGUGGAUCGAUGAACAUGCAUUUACAGCUGCCAAGCCUGGCACUGGCAUGGUUAUCGCUGUUAAAAGGCUCAACCAAGAAAGUUUCCAGGGCCACAGAGAAUGGCUGGCAGAAGUUAACUAUUUGGGGCAGCUGUAUCAUCCGAAUCUUGUAAAAUUGAUUGGCUACUGCUUAGAAGAUGAACACCGGCUUUUAGUAUAUGAAUUUAUGCCCCGUGGAAGUUUGGAGAAUCAUCUGUUCAGGAGGGGUUCUUACUUCCAACCACUAUCUUGGAACCUCCGUAUGAAGGUUGCUCUCGAUGCUGCAAAGGGUCUUGCAUUUCUUCACAGUGCUGAGACAAAAGUUAUAUAUCGUGAUUUUAAGACUUCUAACAUUCUUCUAGAUUCGAGCUACAAUGCAAAACUUUCUGAUUUUGGUUUGGCCAAGGAUGGUCCAACUGGUGAUAAGAGCCAUGUCUCUACUAGAGUCAUGGGGACCUAUGGAUAUGCAGCUCCAGAGUACCUGGCUACAGGUCAUCUAACUGCCAAGAGCGAUGUAUACAGCUUUGGAGUUGUUCUCCUGGAAUUGUUAUCCGGUCGACGAGCUGUAGACAAAAACCGCCCAUCUGGAGAGCACAACCUAGUGGAAUGGGCCAAACCUUGUUUGACAAACAAACGAAAAGUUUUCCGUGUUCUCGACACACGUCUGGAAGGGCAGUACUCAUUGAAUGGAGCCCAAAAGGUAGCAGACCUUGCUCUUCAAUGCCUCUCCACAGAAGCCAAGUUAAGGCCAAACAUGGAUGAGGUGGUAACAGCAUUGGAGCAGCUACAAGACUCCAAAGAUGUAAGUACUCAGAAUGGGAAUGAACCAAAACAGCAGAACUACUCCACAGGUGAUCCUAGGUCCCGCAGAAGAAGUGCAGAAGAAGUUUCUAAUCGGAAAGCUACUGCUUAUCCCAGGCCAUCUGCUUCACCCCUCUACACUUGAGAGCCAAGGAGAGAACUUGAUUCACCUGUAAUCGUUCCCAAUGAUAGAAAGUUCAGGAACUCAGGUAUGUGGUGUACCUGAAACUGUUCGAUUGAUGUAUAGUUCUUGGUUUGGCCAUUGUAUUGGAGUCAACCAUAUGUAAAUUGUAAUCAUGUUACACUGUUUGUGCCUGGAAUCUGAGGAACAUGAUGAGUAAAUUAAGAAAUGAGGUUUACCAACAAAGUCUCUAACUUUUGAA